UAUGAUUGCUACUAUAAAAGUUUCGUAGUAGAUUAGUAGUUUACUAUGUAUUAGCUAUUCAUCACAAUAUAUAUAUUAUUUUCUAAGUUGAAAUUUUUAGCACAAGCAUGUAAUGGAGGUUUUGAAAUGUAAGUGUGGUGCAGGAAACAUUCCCAAAGGGGUGUUCAUAUUACCACUCACUCUUCUUGUGAUGGUGUUACUCCUUCCUCUGGUCAUAGACUUGAAUGAAUCAUAUUUUAGUCUAUAUGGAAGCAGUUUGGAAACCCCAGAAAACAACAAGUGCAACAUAUUUUCAGGAAGUUGGGUGCCAUAUUCCAAAGGGUCUUUCUACAGUAAUGAAAGUUGCCCUUUCAUAGCGGAAAAGCAGAACUGCUUCAUGCAUGGGAGACCAGACAGAGAGUUCCUGAAAUGGAGAUGGAAACCUGAGGAAUGUGAGCUUCCGCUGUUUGAUGCCAAACAAUUUUUGAAGAUUGUUAGGGGAAAGUCCAUGGCUUUUGUUGGAGACUCAAUUGCCCGAAACCAGGCUGAGUCAUUGUUGUGCCUCCUAAAUAGUGUUGCUCGUCCUGUGGACAUUACAUCCAGAUACACAUCGAAGGACGACAAAUAUUUCAAAUGGUGGUUCUACGCCGAUUAUAAGUUCACCGUUGCAAUAUUAUGGUCACCCUUUUUCGUCAAAUCAAGUAAAGCAUACCUCAAAGACACAUCUUUCUACAACGCCGAGAACCUUUUCCUAGAUGAGCCAGAUGAAGCUUGGGCCAAUCACAUUCAAAUUUUUGACUACCUUAUUUUCUCUGCCGGACAAUGGUUCUUCCGACCAUUAACAUUCUACGAAAAUCGCCAAGUUGUCGGAUGUCAAAAGUGCCAUAACUUGACCACAGACCCUCUCAACUUGUACGGUUACAGAAACGCAUUCCGAACCGCUUUCAGAACUGUCAUAAACCUCAAAGGGUUCAAGGGGAUGGUGUUUUUGGUGACUCAUUCGCCGAACCACUUUGAGAAUGGAGAGUGGAACAAAGGUGGAGGGUGUAAUAGAACACUUCCCGUUAACAAGGAAGAUAAAGGGUUUUUGCAUCCCUACGCUCUCGAGGAAAUCUAUGAGACACAAGUGGAGGAAUUUGCAGCAGCGGAAAAGGAAGCCAGACAGAAAGGUUUGCGUUUUGGUUUGAUCAACAUAACUGAUGUGAUGCUCAUGAGGCCUGAUGGACAUCCUCAUAAGUAUGGCCAUAAUUUGGAUAGAAAUGUCAGCAUCAACGACUGCGUUCACUGGUGUAUGCCCGGUCCCGUUGAUACAUGGAAUCAGUUUUUGCUCCAUAUGAUCAAAAUCGGAAGCUUCUAAAUCUUUUCAAUGUAGCUUCAAAUUAUAUAUUAUACGUUUUCGUGAGUGUCUAUAACUUUAUUUUCUAAACUUAUGUUUCUAAAAUAGCAUACCAAAAUAUUCAAAGAUUGACCUACCUCUUCUUAAUACCGUAAGAAGAGCUUAUAUAUUUAUGUUUGAAUAUGUUAAAAUUUCAGAUUCUUUAGACAUAAUUUUCCAAAAUUUUGAUUAGAUAUUACAUCUAAUCCUAGUUAUCAUAAAU